AAGAUGGCAACGGCAUUAGAGCUGAGCAGCACCGAUCUACAGGGCGUGUGCCAGAGCUAUCUGCACCAGAAUGAGAUGAAUGCCAAAUUCGAGGUUGUCAGCUAUCAGCUGCAGCCCACUUCGGAGACGCCCGCCGGCUUCCUGGGCAGUCACUUCUAUCUGCAGGUGAUUCUGCAAUUGCAGGAGACAGGCGAGGUGAAGCAACUGCGCCUGUUCUGCAAGUCGGCGCCGGAGGGCAAUGCAUCGCGCAUGGAAUAUCUCGAGAAUUUUGGUGUCUUUCAGAAGGAGAUUGCCGUCUAUCAGCAUGUGCUGCCCGAGGUGCAGGCAGCCUGCGCGCAGAUAGCGCCCAAAUGUUACUAUGCGGACAAGAAUCUUUUGGUCUUCGAGAAUCUCAUCGAUCAGGGCUACCGCAUGGGCGCAGCUCGUGAUGGUCUGCUCAACUUUGAGCAGCUGCACUGCUGCCUCAAAACGUUAGCGGCAUUGCACGCGGGCUCCAUUAUAAGGGAUCAAAGCAAUAGCCAAAGACUUCACUUGGAGGAGAAUGCAUAUCCCUCAAAUGUGCCGCCGGAGCACUUGCGAAUGGUUAACUUCAAUCAGGCUUGUGAGGUCCUAAAGGAGUUCAUCAAAACGCUGCCCAAGUAUCAGAACCAGCUGGACUACAUAUUGGCCAACUUUACCAAGCGCAUGUCGCGCAUCUUUGAACUGGCCAAGACCUCGAAGACGCGGCUCAACACCCUUUUGCAUGGUGAUCUCUGGGCAAACAAUAUGCUCUUCCAGUAUGGCAAAUAUGGCGAGACACCGCUCCAGUGCCGCUUUGUCGACUUCCAGCUGGCUAGAUACGCUCCUCCAGCCAUGGAUCUGCUCACCGUGCUCACCAUACCCACAACGAGUCAAUUUCGAGCUGCCCAUCUCGACGAGCUGCUGGCCGAAUAUUAUCGCUUUAUGACAGAGUUUCUGAAGCGCGCCGGCUUGAAUAUAGCCAACUUUAUGACAGAGCCAGAGUAUUACGAUUCAGUGGAUGAGUAUCGCAUUGUCGGCCUCAUCGAGAGCUGCCUGUUCUGUCAUCUGGUUAUACUGCCCCCCGCCAGCACACAAGAGCUGACCGGCUCCGCUGAUGGCUUCAGAGAUUUCUUCAGUCGCAAACGCAUCGAGAUCUGCAUGAAAGCCUUCAAUUCUGAUCAACUAUACAGAGAUCGCAUGCUGGACAUGCUACAGGACUUUGUCGAUCAUCAUGUCUUACAAGCUUAGUAAAUAAUCUAUAGCAAAUAAUUAAAAAAAAUAAAAUAAACAAGUAAGAGGUUCUAGUCGGGAGCUCCCGACUAGGGG